AUGACAAUCAAUAAAGGUUAUGAUAUGAUAUUGGGUGAUUCUAACCCUGAUACUCGUACUCUGACAGAUGGAUCUUUGUUUCAUGGAUACUUUCAUAAAUAUGGUGAUAUUUGGUUGGCUAUAACUUUUUGGUGUACAGUAAGCUGUACACUGACCUACCUUUUAUCUGGUUUCAUCGCAUCGAUCAUCUUAAGACGUUCAAAGCUCUCUCCUUUCAUCCCGAUAUUCACUGCUGUCUUUGGUGUUGCAAUAGGUAUCAGUUUCGGUGGUAUAUCAGCUACCAUUAUAGCAGCAAUAUAUAGAUCAGCUUCAUUUCUUUUAGAAUGGUAUUUCGGUGUUGCAUGGGGAGUAGGGUUGACAAUACUUCAUGUAAUAUUAGCUUUUACACUGAGGUUAUUACAAGUGUAA